UAACCAACCAAAUAUGCUUUCAACUUGUAUCAUCAAACCUCAACAGGAGAGAUUCAUGAGAGGUUAAAAUCUCUCUCUAUCUCUCUCCUCACUCUCUCUCUCUUCUCUCACUGAAACCAACAUAAGGGUACGACUGUUUAAGUGCUUUAUAAUUAUUAUUCUGAAAAUCAACAUCCUUGAUAAGAGCAGAACAAGCAGCAGCUGUUACAAAGCAAAUUGAUUAUACUUCUGCAACUCAUUAACCCUCCAUCACUUCACUUUAUAUAGCAAAUAACCUCCACAAAAAGCCUUGACUGCCUCCCCUUUCAACUUCUAUCCAGUUUCAUGAUCAGUUUCAGUAACUUUGCCUAUAUAUUUAUCUUAGAUUUAGAUUUAGGUUCACUUCCUCUCAUCAUCAUCAUCAUCUCAACAGUUCUGUUCUAAUGAGGAGCAUCUAAGCAAUUAUCCAGCUCCAAAUCGUUACCGAGAUAUAACAAGUUUAGCUAAGAAAUAUGGAUUCAUACGAAGCAACACGAGUUGUAUUUACCCGGAUCCAAAGUUUGGAUCCGGAAUACGCCUCAAAGAUCAUGGGUCUUCUGUUAAUUCAAGAUCACGGUGAAAAAGAGAUGAUACGUUUGGCUUUCGGCCCCGAAUCACUUGUUCAGUCAGUGAUACUCAAAGCUCGGAAAGAACUCGGCAUUUCUACACCUCCCACACCAUCAACUCCAUCGUCUCCGUCCCCGUUUAGUUCACAGAGUCUUUCUAGACAAAACUCUGCGAACUCGACUGGUUCGAGGAUAGUUAACGGCGGAGGUACGAAUCUCCCUUCGCCGUUAAGUAUCCCGAGCUUGUCGAGUUCUUGGACAAACUCGAACUUCUCCGAUUUUCAGCCGGCUGACGAGAGCCGGCUGAAUUCAUCAGCUCCGCCUUUCUACGGCGGAGCUGGAGCUGAAGAACCUGAUCUGAUAGAUGAGUUGCAAAUUCAAGACCAGCUUUCGUUUCUCAACGAUGGGUCCCCGAGCAAAUCCGGGGAGUUCUACUACCCGGAUUUGGUCUCGCCGAACGGAGGGGGCGGAGACAUGUUUUCGCCUUGGGGAAGUGGUGGUCCCCACAGGCGAAGCUCAUCUGUGAAUGAUAUUUGUUUAGGAGGUGCUGGUGAAGACCCUAGUGGGUGGAAACCUUGUUUGUACUAUGCAAGAGGGUUUUGUAAAAACGGAGCUAGCUGCCGCUUCACCCAUGGUGAAGCUGAUUUGUCUGCUGUAACGGUUGGUUCUUUGAGUAAGCUCGAUGUGAUGGAACAGUGUCAUGAGCUUCUCCGAUCUAAAUCGGCUCACCAGCAGCGGUUACUUAUGGCCGCGGCCGGUGGUUCUCCCAACUUCCCGUUUCCGAAUAGUCCGAAAUCGAUGAACUACCUUCUUCAGCAACAAUCCGACAGUCCGAGGAUGGCAGCUGCAUUGAUGAUGGGCGAAGAUAUGAACAAAUUUGGCCGCUCAAGAAACGAGUUUUCGAUGGGGAUGCUUAACCCGGGUUCUCGGCAAAUCUACCUAACUUUUCCGGCGGAUAGUACAUUUCGCGAAGAAGAUGUAUCCAAUUACUUCAGCAUGUUUGGCCCGGUUCAAGAUGUUAGGAUCCCGUACCAGCAAAAACGAAUGUUCGGGUUCGUGACAUUCGUUUAUGCUGAGACGGUUAAGCUCAUACUUGCGAAAGGUAACCCGCAUUUCGUAUGUGAUGCUCGGGUGCUGGUGAAACCGUACAAGGAGAAGGGUAAAGUCUCUGAUAAGUUCAGGAAACAACCUCCGCCACCGCUGGAUAGUCCCACUGGAUUCGAUUCUCCACGCGAUCCUUUUGAUCUGCAACUGGGUGCGAGAAUGCUGUACAACAGUCAGGAUUUACUAUGGCGGAAAAAGUUGGAGGAGCAGGCGGAUCUGCAACGUGCAAUCGAGCUUCAGAACCGUCGGAUCAUGGAUCUUCAACUUCUUGACGUGAAACGAUCCCACCACCACCACCAGCGCGCCCUUUCCACCGGUGCAGCCAUUCCGUCACCCACCUGUUUCUCUCCAAGUUAUCUCAACCACCCGUCGGUUUUUGGUUCCCGGAGCAGCUCCAGUCCUGAUUCUGAGGAUGGUUUGAUGUCAAAAAUGAUGACUCCUGUAAAUGUCAAUGGUGAUGAACCUUUAGAGGCAAAUUUAAACCUGGAGAAAGAGAAGGAAACAGUUGAGUUAAAAGAUGAAACCAGCAACGGAAAAUCAAGCCCUAAUCAUGAAGAAGAAGAAAUUGAUUUGCCUGAAAGCUUGGAGCACAAUCUCCCCGAUAACCUUUUCGCUUCACCGAAAGCAUCAGGAAACUACCAAACCGUCUUCUCGAAUGACGAUAAUACCCCUGUUUCUUCCGCUCCGCUUUCCACCAGCAAUAGUAACUUAAUGACCUCCCCGUUGCUUCCUGCCAGCUCGACUUUGGAUUUAGCUUCACUCAAAUCAUGUUACUUUCAAUUUCCUAGGUUUUCCCCGGGUCAUGGUGCCAUCGGAAUGUAGUUCGUAUUUUGUGUUUUAUAGCUUCCUUAGUGUAGGAAGAAGAAGAUGAAUAUAUGUAUAACAAGAAAGGAUUACCCAGAUGAGAUGUUUAGUAAAAUCUUCAAUACCAAUAACCGCCACCGCCACCGUCACCGCCGCAGCGAGCCACAGUUGAUAUUACUUACUACAAUACAAAACUAUAUAGAUAAGAAAGAAUGCAGUAGAGGGUGUGUUUACUCCAUCAUCUUGUUGUAACCCUACAUCAUUGUAGUUGAACUAAAGAUACCAUUACCAUUAUAACAACCAACCUUGUCAUAGGAGUACUAGGAAAGAAAAGUAAAAAAGUGUAUUUAGUAAUAAAGAUCCGAUCCGCUUGUUUUGUCAGGCUUAACCCGGGGUUUCAUACCCCUGGGAUCCGCUCGUUUUGUCACCGGGAACAAGUUACAUCGCUGCCCCUGAGUCUAGUGUGCAUUUCUUGUGUAUUGCAUGUGAUGAAAGGGGUAAACUUGUAAAUUCAUGUGUGAUGGUAGGGUGUGUGUGUGGGGGAGGGAGUGAUGUGGUAGGUGUAUUUUAGUGUUCAAAAAAGAUAGAAAAGAAAUACUGGCAUUUAUACCACAAGAAGUUAAUGUUAUUAUUAUAUUAUGUAUGUUUGUAUGUAUACAUCAUCAUCAUGAUCAGGCUGUGAAAGGGACAUGACAUUGAAAUAAUGACAAAACAUAAAGAUUUUUUAUCUUUA